AUUUGAUUCUCACCUUUCUAUACUGUACCAAAUUGGCGGUAUUUACGAAGAUGGUGUUACUCAAUGGUUUAUAUUUUCCUUCUUGGCAUCGUAUCGGCUUACUUCAUUGCUUCCAAAAAUCGUCGGCAUCUUCCGUGGGCGUAUUUAAUUCAGGCGAUUACAUGCGUGAAGGGUCAGAAAUUAAUGAACAGGAUGUAUUGUACAAAAAGUUAGUUAUCACCGUUAAAGGUCAUGAGCCAAUGGUGUUAAAAAGUUACGAAACUUUUGUCAAACAAGUUUGUGAUAAUCUAUCUAUAGCUCUUAUAAGUGAGACUCGUAACCGACCGACGUUUUUUCGCUUGUCCAUGAACAAAUCACCGUUUAUUUACAAGAAACAGCAACGCCAGUAUGAGUUUCGCACACACUACAAAUACUUCACAGUUGAUCAUAUAACAGGAUGUACUGCUGACGUAUUUCUGGAAUAUAUUCAAAGAAAUCUACCCGAGGGUGUAGCUAUGGAAGUUGUAAAGCAUCGUUUGGAACGCCUUCCGGAGCAUUUAUAAGUCGCUGGGACUUCUUAAAUGACUUUAAAUUAUAGAAUAUAUGUAAAUACAUUC